UACUAAAGUUACUAUGUGUCUGUUAGAAAUUAACUGAGUCUAAAAUCAUUAAAUCACAUGGUAUCAAACAACUGUACAAAUAAUCCUACAAGUUUCGAACUGUAUAAUCUAACAGUCCUUAUAGUGAGUUUUUAACCAUAGAGAAACGUUCCUAAACUAUCUUAAAAAUGUUAGCAAAUUUUAGAAAUCUUAAUUUAUUGCGCUGCACCGAGAUUGAAAAAUAUGAAUUUUGAUAUUAAUUUUUAGUAUUGAAGAGUAGUUAAUAAAAGUUAUUUAAAUAAAUUAAACAAUAAUAGCUAACUAUUUUGCCUAUUAAACGUUGUAAACAUUAAUGUUAGAGGCGUGACAAAAAUUUAUUUCAUACCCACAUCUACUUAACAACAAUUCUAACAGACUAAUGCCGCCCACUGAAGAAGAUGAUUCUUUGCCUCAGUCACAAAGAUCAUGUGGCAAAAUCGUUCUCCGAUUACUCUUUUCUCACGUGGGUCUUUUCUUGUUGGUUUGUCUUUACGCCGGGUUCGGUGCUUACAUAUUCGUCUGUAUUGAAUACGAUAAUGAAUCCCUGGUGAGGACAGAAAGAUUGUACAGAUCGAUCGACGUGAACGAUUCCAUCGCUUACCUCACUAGCCUUUUCUGGUAUUGGAGGAAUAAAAAUUUUACUUGGGAAGAAUGGGAUGCCAAAGUGUACGAGCAGCUCAAGUUCCUAGACAAAUUCAUAGUUGGAGUUACAAAGAACUUUUCUUAUGAUAGUACAAUGGACAUUGAUGAAUGGCCAAGAAAAUGGACAUUCGGUAAUGGAUUACUCUAUGCUGUGACCAUUCUCACUACUAUUGGCUAUGGCCAUGUGACUCCAUAUACACAAGUGGGAAAACUGGUGACGAUUUUGUAUUCUUUGAUUGGCAUUCCUCUUACACUGAUCUUCCUGGCUAAUAUUGGUGAAUUGAUGGCUUCUGUGUUUCGUUACACAUACAGCAGACUAUGCUGUCGAUGGUGCAGGGGAUCACGUCGUCGAAAUGAGUAUUCUAGAGAGUCUACUGUAAAGAUGGACGGAAGACUACCGUCGCUGUCCUCAGAUGAAGUUGGCCAAGAAUCUUACAUGCCCACAGAAAAAAUUCAGAUACCUAUUAUAUUGAACCUUUUACUAAUAUCCCUCUUCAUCCUCUUGGGAGCUGGGAUUUUUGCGAUUCUGGAAGAUUGGGAUAUGCUGAGUUCCGGAUAUUUCACUUUCAUCACCUUGACAACCAUUGGCUUUGGGGAUUACUAUCCGGGAAGCGCUUUUCAAGGAUACAAAGGAAGUAUUUGUACCAAAGACGCUGACUCUGAUGGGAACUUGCUUUUACAUGAUGUUGGGGAUGGCGCUCGUCAGUAUGUGCAUAAAUCUGAUGCAAGAACAGAUAACAACGAAAGUGAAAUGGAUGGCGAACGAAAUCGGACUUAUACGGCAGGCGGAUAUUCCAGACACCGAAGAAGAGAAACCUCUAACCACGAUUUCCAAUGUUACAACUCCCUCUGCAGCUAUGGAUUAAUAUUUGAGAGGAUUAGAUUAAAAAUUACAUGUAAUGCAAGCUUCACAACGAAAUGAUUGAUUGUGCAUGGCUCAAUGACCAAUUAUUAAUAAAAACAUUAUUUAUUUUCUAAA